CACUAAAGAAAGGGUGGAUCAUCACAAGAACUUCACACUUGGACUGAUUGGUUGAUGGUUAUCAUUGGCCUGAUUGUCUUCGUUGAUUGAAAUGUCACCCAAGUUGAAGCCUCCGCCCACACUGUACACACACUGUAUAUAUUCUCCUGUCAGGGUGCAGUGAGGAAAGGUCCUGCAGCUUGUCACUUCUUCUCAGCUGUACCUGACUGACCACGCUUGCCAAGAUGGAUAUGAUCAUAAAGACCAUGUCCUUUAACGUCUGGCAGACCCUGACCAUUGUUGGUGUCCCCAAGGCUGGGAUACCAAAUUUUGCAGUGAACAUUGGCCCAGACGAAGAGGAUAUUGCUUUGCAUAUCAACCCUCGUUUUGACGGCUACUCUCCAAACAAUGUGGUGGUCUGCAACUCUUGCCGGGGAGGCAACUGGGAUGAGGAAGUCUGUGGGAGUAGCUUUCCUUUCGAAUAUGAAAAGGAGUUCAAGAUGAUCAUUAAAUUCACCCCUGCAGAAUUCCAGGUGACUUUACCAGAUGGCUCUAAAAUCCACUUCCCCAACCGCUUCGGUGCAGGGGGGUACCCCGUCAUCAACUUUGUAGGGGAUAUUUGCAUCAGUCGAGUUGAAAUCAGUUAA